AUGCCGAAGUCAUUUGCAAAAGUGCAUAAGCACAUUUCGAAGAAAAGAGGUGUCAUAGAGGCCCUUCACGAGAACAGCAGAGAUGCGAAGAGAUUGCGCCGAGCCAACACACGAGAUGACCGAGUUGCCCGCAUUUCAGCCUCUAUGUCUCGUGGAAGACAGUCUUACAUGGACCGUAUCGUCUACCUCCAAGACACUAUCCCAGAAGACUCGACACCGUUCUCAGAAGAUGAUAUAAAAGACUUGAUUGUGCGGUAUAUCAACCGAAGUGUUCCCGAAAUCGAACAAUUACAGAGCGAACGAAGAAAAGGCCGACCUCCCAGCAAGCGCGAAGAGGCCUUAUUACAACGGACAGAUGCCGAAAACAAGGAAUUCAAAACCGGCUUUUGGAUGCCUGACCUUAGUCAAGAGGAAGUGAUAAAAGGUCUCACGGCGUGGAAUGGAGACUGGUCCAGCCUCAGCAUGAUGAAAUUCAUCAGGAUCACCAAGGACGGUGGAAAACAACCGUCUAUCUUUCCGCCCAAGGGACUUUCAUAG